GGCGUGGGGGUGGCGGCGGCGGCGGCGGCUGCGGCUGAGGCCAAGGAGCCGGUGGCUGUGGUGGACGCAGCGGCACCUCAGCUAGUGACAGGGCUCCGCCGCGCCCCCUUGCUGGUUCCAUGGAGGCGGCAGCGGCGGCGGCGGCGGCGGCGGCAGCGGCGGGUGGGGGCUGUGGCUCCGGGCAGCCACCGCUGCUGCUGAGCGAGGGCGAGCAGCAGUGCUACUCCGAGCUCUUCGCGCGCUGUGCCGGCGCCGCGGGCGGGGGCCCCGGGUCUGGGCCUCCCGAGGCCGCCAGAGUCGCCCCCGGCACGGCCACUGCAGCCGCCGGCCCCGUGGCUGACCUGUUUCGGGCGUCGCAGCUGCCAUCCGAGACGCUGCACCAGAUCACAGAACUGUGUGGUGCAAAGCGGGUUGGUUAUUUUGGUGCAACACAGUUUUACAUUGCCCUGAAAUUAAUUGCUGCAGCACAAUCUGGCCUCCCGGUGCGGAUAGAGAGUAUUAAAUGUGAAUUGCCUCUGCCUCGCUUUAUGAUGUCAAAGAAUGAUGGUGAGAUACGAUUUGGGAACCCAGCUGAGCUGCAUGGAACUAAGGUUCAGAUUCCAUAUUUAACUACAGAAAAAAAUUCCUUCAAAAGAAUGGACGAUGAGGAUAAACAGCAGGAAACACAGUCUCCCACGAUGUCACCCCUCGCCUCCCCUCCUUCUUCCCCGCCUCAUUACCAGAGGGUGCCCUUGAGCCAUGGCUACAGCAAACUGCGGAGCAGCGCAGAACAGAUGCAUCCAGCUCCUUAUGAAGCUAGGCAGCCGCUUGUCCAGCCAGAGGGAUCCUCAUCAGGGGGCCCAGGAACCAAGCCCCUUCGGCAUCAGGCUUCCCUUAUCCGGUCCUUUUCAGUGGAGAGAGAACUACAGGAUAACAGCAGUUACCCCGAUGAACCCUGGAGGAUAACAGAAGAACAGCGCGAGUACUAUGUCAAUCAGUUUCGAUCCCUUCAGCCAGACCCAAGCUCUUUCAUUUCAGGUUCUGUGGCCAAGAACUUCUUCACCAAAUCAAAGCUUUCCAUUCCAGAACUCUCCUAUAUAUGGGAGCUUAGUGAUGCUGACUGUGAUGGAGCCCUGACCCUGCCUGAGUUCUGUGCUGCGUUUCAUCUCAUUGUGGCUCGGAAGAACGGCUACCCAUUGCCUGAGGGCCUGCCUCCAACUCUGCAGCCAGAGUACCUGCAGGCGGCUUUUCCUAAGCCCAAGUGGGACUGUCAAUUAUUUGAUUCUUAUUCUGAGUCACUGCCGGCAAAUCAACAACCUCGUGACUUGAAUCGGAUGGAGAAGACAUCUGUUAAAGACAUGGCUGACCUUCCUGUCCUUACCCAGGAUGUGACUAGUGAUGACAAACAAGCUUUGAAAAGUACUAUCAAUGAAGCCUUAUCAAAGGACGUGUCUGAGGAUCCAGCAACUUCCAAGGAUUCCAACAGUCUCAAAGCAAGACCAAGAUCCAGAUCUUACUCUAGCACCUCCAUAGAAGAGGCCAUGAAAAGGGGCGAGGACCCUCCCACCCCGCCACCUCGGCCACAGAAAACCCAUUCCAGAGCCUCCUCCUUGGAUCUGAAUAAAGUCUUCCAGCCCAGUGUGCCAGAUAUACUGAUAAUAACAACUCAUUCCAUGGUUAAGAAACUAUGGUACAUCAUCCUAUGGAACUGUAUGAAGCUGUUAAAAAGAACAGCUACCAAGUCAGGAUUGUUACCCCCACCACCUGCGCUCCCUCCGAGACCUUGUCCAUCACAGUCUGAACAAGUGUCAGAGGCCGAGUUACUCCCACAGCUGAGCAGAGCCCCAUCCCAGGCUGCAGAAAGUAGUCCAGCAAAGAAGGAUGUACCGUAUUCUCAGCCACCAUCAAAGCCCAUUCGUAGGAAAUUCAGACCAGAAAAUCAAGCUACAGAAAACCAAGAGCCUUCCACCGCUGCAAGUGGGCCAGCUUCUGCAGCAACCAUGAAACCGCACCCAACAGUCCAAAAGCAGUCUUCCAAACAGAAGAAGGCCAUUCAGACUGCUAUCCGCAAAAAUAAAGAGGCAAAUGCAGUGCUGGCUCGGCUGAACAGUGAGCUCCAGCAGCAGCUCAAGGAGGUUCAUCAAGAACGAAUUGCAUUGGAAAACCAAUUGGAACAACUUCGUCCAGUCACUGUGUUGUGACCCCCCAUGGUUCAAGUGACAGUGGGUGACCUUGUCUGCCAAGAUCUUUCUUUUGAAUGUUUUGAACCCAACUACUUUUCAUAGAUGUUUGACUGUGUGAAAAGCUGUGAGCAGCAAAAUAUAAUCCAUAUGACCUUUUCUCUUGCACUUCACUUGUAUGUUUUACUGUGGUGGAAAAAAUACUUCAACUGAUUAUCACACUUGAAAUGGUAAUUAUCAGUGGAAUUUGUCUCCUAUUCUUAAGUACUUCUGCAAGGUAUUAGAUGCUGCUCCUUACCAAAAAUCAGUCUUCUAGCAAAUAAAAAUAACUUAGAGCAUUAUUUAUUUAAAGAAUUUAUGUUUUCUAUAAAACCUUAUAACCAAGUACCUUCAGGAUGCUUGUAACCAAGUACUUUCAGGAUGCUUUUUGUAUGUAUAUCCCAUACAGUAGGUUGGUUUCCUGAGUAAUUGGGAAUUCCAACUAGAUAGUCAUUGGUGUGACCAUAAUAAAAACAACAAUAAAAGCA